UGGGGGGUGUGGGGGUUCAGGCAGUUUAGGUGUUGCUAUGCGCUUGCGCACGCACGGCUCAGCGCGGCAACAUCUAUAGUUUCAGUUUUGUGCUGCGGUGUUCGUGUGUCGAGGUUCACUAGUUCCAUCCAAAGCGACAGCUGUAUGGACCUCGAGGUAUGCAGUAAAAAUUGUUGCGAAAGAUAACAGCAGUAACAGUGCGUGCUGUCAGUCACUUGUUACAUCGGCGCGAUUGCUUUCUGGACAAGUCGCACGGCAUGGAUCAUGUGGCCGCAGCAGAUAACGUUUCGUCUCAAGCUGACGAAAUAGAGGCGCUGAGUGCAAUAUAUCAAGACGACUGGAAGGUGGAAGAUGCUGCAAAUCGCGUCUACAAAAUUGUAUUGUGCAGCGAAUCCUCCGGCGACAAGCUGAGUUUUCAGGUUACACUGCCACCUGAGUACCCGUCGGAAGCACCGCCGUUUUACGAGAUAAGCGCGCCAUGGAUGACCCAGGAGAGGAAAGCAAGGCUCUUGGCUGCCCUGGAUGACCAUUUUUAUAAUCAUCUGGGUGAAAACAUCCUUUACGACUGGAUUGAGAUUGCUCGCAAAGCACUUGAUGAAGAUGCUACAGAGUCCGAAUCACUAGCUGUCAGCGAUGAUGAAGCGCCUGAAGUGGUGGAACCCUUUGACCAGCUGACACUGGAAUCUGAUCAAUCUUCAGCCUUAGAUCUCAGAGAUGGCUUGAAUAUCUUCCACGGUGGAACACUCGAGGAUCGUAGAAGUGUAUUCCAAGGUCAUCUUGCUGAAGUUCACAGCGUGAGAGAGGUUGAACAAGUUUUGGAUGAGUUGAAGACAAACAAAAAAAUUGCAGAAGCCACACACAACAUUUGGGCAUAUCGCCUUCUUCAAACAGAGCCACGCACUGUGCUCUGCAAGGACUCCGAGGAUGAUGGGGAAACAUAUGCAGGAAAUCGCCUUCUUCAUCUUUUAGAUAUUCUCGACGUGACAAAUGUUCUCAUAGUUGUCACUCGCUGGUAUGGAGGAAUUCACCUCGGUCCAGAUCGCUUUAAGCACAUCAACAAAGUGGCCAGAGAUCUCCUUGAGCGACGGGGCUACAUCAAAAAGGUGCCAACACCAGAUUCCAAAACCAAAGGAGGAAAGCACAAGAGAACAAAGAGCAAGAAAAUGUGACCGGCAUACUUGGAACGCAGGCUUCUAAUCAGUGCCAGGCACUGCCACUGCCAUAGUUUGACACUAGAAAAGGCUAGGUAAUUAUGUGCCAGUGGUGAUUGAAAUACUCUAGAGAGAUUUUCAUUCUAGAGUCCAGUAAUGCUUGUGCCCAUAUCAAAGGCUGCUAUAAGCAGUGUUGCUGAGAAGGGCUCAAGACAGAUUUCUUGCAAUAUGCAUAAGUAGUGUGACUUGUCCUGUUUUUCUACUUAGCCAGUUUGUAACAUACAAGCCGUGGCAUUUAAUUAGGAUUUUAUUGGGUACUUUUUACCAAAUAUUUUAAGGUGUUACCUAUCGUAAUCAUGAAAUGAGACGUGUAAGUGCCUGUGUUUUUUGUUAGUUUCAUACGUGAGCAAUUUACUAUGCAGCGCUAGCAUCACUGAAUCUACAUUGUUUUACUGCAAUUUCUUUCUGCAAGUAAUUUGCAAGUGUAGUCUCAGCCGUUGCCAUAUUGCACGUGGCGCACAAUUUAUCUUUGACUGUCAGUCUUUCAGCACAUGUGAGCCUCGUAUGUGCUGCAUAGUGGUAUUGAGCACUGCUUCAAUUGUGGCAGAGCCACAGCUUGUCACAAGAAAGUUGUGUUGGUGCUGUGAAUAAGUUGUGUGCAGUCAAUAUGUAGAUCUCAAAUAUCUUGGAACAGUGCUAUAAGUCUAAAUGAUUUUAAAAUUGAGUGCAGUGAAAAGGCAUAGAAGAAAAGCAGUUAAUGCAGCAGACUUAAAGUUGGGAAAGGGAAAACUGAAAGCAUGUUUUGAUAACAGCACAUUUGUAGAGUAUUUUUGUCUUGUAGAAAGUUAAUUUCUCUACAAGGGCUUUCACAACAGUUGCUUGCAGUAUUGUCUGUGACCUAGUCCUGUAAGGCAUGGUUUCUGAGGUGGUAAACUUCACACUCCACAUCACAUGGUAAUGUGGUAUAGUCUGAGAGCCUAGCAUUAUUAUUAUGAUGCUUGUUGGCGGCAAGUAAUUUGCACUGCAAAAGUUCCAAAGUCAUUUGUUUAGUUACCGUCAGUAGAGAAUAGCGUUUUUAUUGAUGCAGAGAAUAUUUUUAUUUGUUGCUUUUAAAUGUUUCCAAAUGAGUCUGUGAUGUUACUUGUUGACUGUUUACAUUAUACAAUAUUGCAAAGCAUUCGUCCCUGUGCUUCAAUGCCUAGUUGUCUUGCCCUAUGCCACCCUUUCUUGACACUGCAGCUUCAAGUACUCGGGGAGAGAGACAAAUAUAAACAAACGAAAAGAAAUUUAUGUAAUAGCUUCUUUGUCAGUAUGCAUUUUGUGGCUAACUUACUGUCUGUACAUCUCUAUCUUUCAUUUAGGCUGUCAGUCCAAAGUGUCAGUAAUUAAAAAUAGCUUUAACGGCUUAUAGCAGUGGCUGUAACUUUCGACCACAAACUACAAAUGGCUCACUUUUCCAGUGCGCAGCAGUGGAACAUGUACUAGCUCUGAAGAGAGCAACUUACUCCUUUAGUGUGGUUAAAGCUGAGCGAGAUAUGGGGUCCUAUAAUGUAAAGCUAUUCCAUUCCGAUGUUAUUCUAAUUUUGUGACACCCAAAUUUACUUUAACAAUGCAAGCACUGGGCAGUGACCUGCAGCAUUGUUUGAACCCAAUCAAACGCUCUCCUCGGUUAUAGGAGGGCACGUUUGAUUGCUGUUCAAAGCGAAUAGCUAUCUUGACAGGUUUUUCUUAUCUGAUUGGCUGACAAGAGGCGAGGAGCAUGCAGAAGUAGAGCGGGUUUGGUGGGGGCGAGCUAGUGCAGGUGGAAGUAGAUAACCGCUAAGGAGAGUGGUGCAAUAGGUUCCCUUUCCCUUGCUUAGCUUGUGGUGGCUGGUAGAAAGUCACGGCGGCAUGCAACAGGGAGUUAAUAAUGAUGCUAAAACGGGUACUCAGCACAGAAAAGUUGGCAGCGUGAUGUCAUAUAUGUAAAAGGACUUAACAUUAUAUUGCCAUGCAAAAGUAUUUAUUACACGUAAACAAAUCCAUUCACGUCGGCAGCUCUGCAUAGCCAGUGCGACAGCGAUCGGUGCAUCUUCUGUCCCUUUCGGAGCAGGGCACUCUCCAGCUAUUCUGAACAAAUUUUAGUUUUCUUCGGCAUAUUAAUGCAUCUUUAGUGUGUACAUGUAACUUCGAUGAGAGUUUUCGUGGUUUUGCAAUGUCACGUGGCAGAGCCCGAAAACAUUUUGAUAGACAGGCGGAGUGGGCGUGGAAAAAAAGUUUGGCCAAUUGUGGAGGGCUAAUGGCAAAAAUGGAAUAGAAACAGAUUGGAGUAGCUUUACAUUAUAGUGCCCAUGGUAUUGUUAGUUUUUAAGGUGUGUAUGUUGGCGUUGACUUUGACGAAACUGCGCCGUGACGAAAAAUGGCCAAUGCCACAAGAAAUGCUCGGAUUGACGUUGAAUUUCUCAGGGAGGUUCCUGCAAACAAAGUAAAUUAGUGACUUUGAAAAGAAAAUUUGGUACAUUUUGUUCUGGAUGGGAAUCGAACCCGGGCCUCUGGGGUGCAAGACGAGCACGCUUCCCUGAAGCCACGGCUGCUCCAAGGUUCUGGCUUAAUAAAGGUGUGCCUAGUGCAUGCGUGAUUGCACACACCACGUCGCAGCCAUCUCGCUGACUAAAGGUGUGGCCUAGUGCUUACACUAACAUGCUGCACUUGGGUACUAUGUUAAGGGUUCACAUAUGUGGCGUUCAGGAGGUCGCCUUAGUGCCACACGUGUACUUGCCAUUGCGGCUCCUUAUGUCUUGCAAGAAGUCUAGCCCCGAUUGUAUAACUUCAUGUAUUACCAAAUGUACAGCAGACUUUUGCCUUCUUGUGUUAUGAGUGUAACACCUGCUGAACUUUGUUUCGGUAGCCUGUCAAUCCUAUGGUCGGGAUUUUUACAGAAGUGGGUGUACAAUACAGACAAUAUACAGGCACAAGCAUUGUACUCGAUAUAUAAAGAAAAAAAAGUUAUGUUGCAGUGUGCUCAAGUCAAAUGACCCAAUUUGAAAUACAUAAUCAGUCAGUCUCAACUUUGCUGUAAAACAAAAUUUUAUUUGCCCAAAAUAUUUCAUUGUGCUGAUCUGAACUUAUAAAGGGGGCACUUAAAUACAAUCUUGAAAUGUUUAUUUACUUACAGUAAAGCACAUUCAACAUUGUAUUUGUGCUCAUAUAACCAUUCCAAGUCCAGCCUAACCUAUUCUGCCAUGACUGUCAAGACUAUAUGAUGGCUUGGAAGGGGUAACGAUGGGCUGAUAUUUGAGAAGCUCCAUCUACAAAGCCACAGGUCCAGUUCCCAUGCAUGUUCUCUCUUACUUGCCAUUCUUAUUGUGCUACAUACCUCCCCCUCUGCAGCAUUCUCCAGACUUCCUUCGUGCUAUACUCAUGUUGCCUUCUCUACACUGCUUUGAGUAAGUGGAUGUUCGGACUGUAAAAAGCGCCGGAUCCACAAAUUUCGCCGUUAGCACCUUCAGCAAAACAAGUUGUGCUUAUAGGUAAUCUACCUACCUGUGAGUCCUUCCAAUACAAAUUAUCUGACAUCCAACUAUGGUAGAGGUACUAAGCUUGUCCUGCCGUAUUAGUGAAUGGGUACCUAUAUGUUUAGACUUUUAAACGAGAUUAAGGGAAAUUAACUAUGCGACAGUCAGAUACAGUUAAGAAAUGGCCACAAAAAAUAUUGAUGGAAUUUCUUGUAAUUACGUACUGCCUUAAACUCAGCUUGCGUAAAGCCAUGGUCUUUGUUGUUGUAGUAACUGCCUGCCUAAUGGCCACACACCUACUUGGAUUGGGUAAAAGUUAUCCAAAAAUUCCAUAGUGGCGCGGCCACCCCUUCCAAGCUGCAUCCAGGAUCCCGAUUCCCAAGUAGGUAUCGUGCAGCGAUUUCUCAAUCACCAUCAAAGCUACAGGAGAGAAGCCAAACUCCUGCAUCACCCUCCUCUACCAUUUAUCUCGCAAGUCAUUUGCAGCACUGUGCAAGCUGCACGACUUCUUGCCAAUGGGAAGACUGAAUGCCCCUCAAGAUGUGUUCAUCUGCGCCGUGUCGUCUGCUCACCGCCACAGUAAUUCGCGGCAUACAAAGUGCAUACGCAAAGCUGCUAACAUCUCGCGUAUCGCUACAACAUAUCAUGUACCAAGCAAAAAUAAAACUCUCUAUCCCACCAAUAAUUGGACUGUUAUGCCUGGAACUAUAUUCCGCUGCACAAGGAUAAUACCUGUGCAUGCUUCGUACCUUCGGCAGUACUGCAAAUGACUUGCAAAAUGGAGUAUAGGUACCCCACCCUACUUCCCAGUCUCUUCAGGUGGAGGAAAAAUACUCCAGAGCAGAAGUAUCCUUUGAAAAGACCUAAUAAAGACGUUUUCAUAUACUUGCCCAAUGGGUUGAAAUUUGUUAUUUAAGGCACUACAUGCCCACGGUUCUCUUCAGCUGAUACAAGUGUUAAGCACUCAUCAGUAGUUGUGAUGGCAAGCAAAUGUCACGACUCUUCCAGCCCUUAUAAGGUGAAAGAUAUUUCAAACUGGUGCAUGCACAAAAUGGCAUGCACCUUUUUGUUAGUAGCACUUGUAGCAAUCUCACAUUGUACAACUUAAGAGUACACCACCAAAUUGUUGCAAGUUUGUUGUGUCUUGCUUAAACUUUCUUCACUUGGUACACUGCUGCAGAGCUAAGACAAGUGCUUAUUUUUAUUCAGGUACAGUGCACCUUAUGCAGCCUCGCAUUCCCUAUUGCAGAAGUGAUUUUGGAAGAGAAUUAGAUUUCUUGCACAUGGAUCAUAUUUCAGUUGAAAGCCUUGCUUUUGAAAUUUAUAUCUCAAUUUAACAGUUAUUGUGUGCAUUGCAGCAAAUGCCAGGACACUGGGAUGUUGUACCUCCACAGUGGUCAUAAGGCCAUCAAGUGUUUUGGUGCCAUUGGGCAGAUAGUCAUUCUAAUGAAAGCUGCAUUUGAGAACCAUGAAGCUUGUAGAAAGUUUGUCAGUUUCAAUUGCUUGGGGAGAGCAUACUUUGGAACACUUUUACUACACCCUGUACUUGGUGUUUUGUAGUAGACUGCACGCUUUUCCUGUUGUGAAUUUUCUAACUGUGUGGAGUUCAACUCCUGCGACUUUGUAUUGUCCAUCAUGCUUGUCAAGUCUUGUGGGUUGUGUAAUGGUGCUUGUACUUUUAAUAUGUGCAUGUGCCUUUUGAGUAUAUAAAUACACAAAAUUGGAACUACCCA